CCUUUCCAGAGACUUUUGCGAAAUCUCUCACUGAAGGAUGAGAGGGGAAGAUAAACGAUGCGAGUGUCCGACACUGGCUCUGGGGGACCGAGGUGGGUCUCCCGCGCUGGCAGGUCGCAGGUCGCUCCCCAUCAGUGGACCGCUCGCGGGCUCCUGCCGAAGGAGGGCAUGGGGCCGACACCGGGGAACGGAGAGGGUGCACUACGCGGAGUCCGGCUUUCCCACCGCCUGCUCCCGGGGAAUUUCUGGAUGGGGACCCAAGUUUUCCUCUUCCCAGGUUCUCUUUAAAAGGCCGAGGGGCUGGGAAUGUGCGCGAGUUCGUCCAUCCCGCACCCGCUCAUCCGCAGAGGCGCCCGCUCUGGCUGCACCGGAGUUUUCGCAGAGUAACCGGCUGGGGUGAGCCGGAGAACAGUGGGCUAGGCGCGUCGCCCGCCGCCGCCCGGGUCCCGCAGCAGGUGUCGGGCUGGGAGCGGGCGGAGGUGCCAGUAGCCGCCGGCGCGGACCCCAGCGCGCACGCCCAUCCCCACUUGCGGGUUCCGCGCGUCUCGGCUGCGGUGGAGCCGCGCUCCCCUGUGCUGGCCGCUUCGAGUGCGAUGCUGAGCCCUGUAGACACCCGAAGCUUUUAAUCAUCGGAGUUCUAAUCAUGGAACUCCUUAGCUCUUUCUUUUAGAAAAGUUGGAGCAUGGCUGGAUUAGGAGAUUGGGAAUGUACAGGAGGUGGAGAUAGCUUGACAGGGUGUCCCGUUGGUUCCCGGGUAGACUGGAGAGAUGCGAAUGUUUUAAGGUCUGAGGUUGGGCCAAAGAGAGAAUUGACUUUGGGUUUGGGAUCUGCUCGUUUUUGGUUGUUUGUAUCUUUUCUGUUUUGCCAGUCUCUUAUCACGGGUAGGAAGCUUUUCUGAUAAGUGCGUGUGUGUUCCUGGAGCACAGGAAAAACCUAGGGGAGAGGAGCAAAAGAGAGUGUGUUUCCAUGUACACACACACACACAUACACACACACGAGCAUGCAUUGCUUCCCCCACCCCUCAUCCUGUAAGAAAGCAUGACUGGAGGGAUGGCACACACAGGCAGGGGACAUGUGGAGCUUGUCUGCCAGGUCUUGGAACAGAACAGCAGUAGCUGUUAGUCCUAAGACCUUGGACCGGCUCUCUGGCGAAGCAAGGGAAGGCGCAGAAAGCUAACCGGACCGAGGAGUUCCCCACCCAGGACUAAAGACUGAGUGCUCUUCAGUGACUACUGCUUUAUUGGUCUUUAUUGUCUUGAGGCAGCAGUCUGUUGAACAAGCCCUCCUCUGCUAGGAAGGAGCAGAGAAUUAUGUAACUCAUUUAGAUAAGCUAGCAGUAACUUUGGGAGGCUCUAUGUAACAAGGCUGACAUUUCUUUUCCAACACUAGUGAGGUGAACAGCCAAUCCUGAGUAUUUGAAAAAAAAAUUAUCUGCGGCAGGUUAUGAUCAGGGAGCUGUAUUUUCAAGUAGUAACAGCACUGCGAAGAGAAAGCAAUGAAAGGCCAGCAUUCUAAUUGGAAGGAGAGAAGAGGAAAUUUCCCUCUGCAAGGGGGCUAAUUUGCCAGCUGGUGAUAUUGUUCAGUUCAAGGGAAUGAAGAAUUCAGAAUAAUUUUGGUAAUUGGAUUCCAAUAUGGGGAAUAAGAAUAAGCUGAACAGCUGACCUGCUUUGAAGAAACAUACUAUCCAUUUGUCUAAGAUAAUCUAUAACAACCAAACCAAUCAAAAUGAAUUCAACAUUAUUUUCCCAGGUUGAAAAUCAUUCAGUCCACUCUAAUUUCUCAGAGAAGAAUGCCCACCUUUUGGCUUUUGAAAAUGGUGAUUGUCAUCUGCCCUUAGCCAUGAUAUUUACCUUAGCUCUUGCUUAUGGAGCUGUGAUCAUUCUUGGUGUCUCUGGAAACCUGGCCUUGAUCAUAAUCGUCUUGAAACAAAAAGAGAUGAGAAAUGUUACCAACAUCCUGAUUGUGAACCUUUCCUUCUCAGACUUGCUUGUCGCCAUCAUGUGUCUCCCCUUUACAUUUGUCUACACAUUAAUGGACCACUGGGUCUUUGGUGAAGCAAUGUGUAAGUUGAAUCCUUUCGUGCAAUGUGUUUCAAUCACUGUGUCCAUUUUCUCUCUGGUUCUCAUUGCUGUGGAACGACAUCAGCUGAUAAUCAACCCUCGAGGGUGGAGACCAAAUAAUAGACAUGCUUAUGUAGGUAUUGCUGUGAUUUGGGUCCUUGCUGUGGCUUCUUCUCUGCCUUUCCUGAUCUACCAAGUAUUGACCGAUGAGCCGUUUCAAAAUGUAACACUUGAUGCGUACAAAGACAAAUACGUGUGCUUUGAUCAAUUUCCAUCAGACUCUCAUAGGUUGUCUUAUACCACUCUCCUCUUGGUGCUGCAGUAUUUUGGUCCACUUUGUUUUAUAUUUAUUUGCUACUUCAAGAUAUAUAUACGCUUAAAAAGGAGAAACAACAUGAUGGACAAGAUGAGAGACAAUAAGUACAGGUCCAGUGAAACCAAAAGAAUCAAUAUCAUGCUGCUCUCCAUUGUGGUAGCAUUUGCAGUCUGCUGGCUACCGCUUACCAUCUUUAACACUGUGUUUGAUUGGAAUCAUCAGAUCAUUGCUACCUGCAACCACAAUCUGUUAUUCCUGCUCUGCCACCUCACAGCAAUGAUAUCCACUUGUGUCAACCCCAUAUUUUAUGGGUUCCUGAACAAAAACUUCCAGAGAGACUUGCAGUUCUUCUUUAACUUUUGUGAUUUCCGGUCUCGGGAUGAUGAUUAUGAGACAAUUGCCAUGUCCACCAUGCACACAGAUGUUUCUAAGACUUCUUUGAAGCAAGCCAGCCCAGUGGCGUUUAAAAAAAUCAACAAUGAUGAUAAUGAAAAAAUCUGAAACUGUUUCUAGACUAUGGUCCUAGAUAACAUCUGUCUAAAAACAAGCACAACCUGCAACAUACUUUGAUUACUUGUUCUCCCAAGAAAUGGGGUUGAAAUCAUUUGAAAAUGACCAAGAUUUUGUGUCUUGCAUUUUACUGCUUUUGUUAUAGUCGUCCUAAUUACAUUUGAAACAAAAGGUGUGGGCUUUGGAAUCUUCUGGCAGAUUUGACCAGAUAUCUACGGAGUGCAUUUUGUGAAUUUAUGAAUAUAAUGUAAAGACUUUUAUACUGUAUUUAUUGGAAUGAAAUUUCUUUAAAGUAUCUCUAUUAACUGACUUCAGAAGUACUUGCCAUCCAAUACUGUCAUUAGAUUGGGUCACCUUGAUUAGAUUAGAUUAGAUUGUCAAUAGAUUGGGCCAUCCUUAUUUUAUGAUAGGCAUCGUUUUAGUGUGCUACAGUAGUAUGCAAAAGCAGCAUCCAGGAUCCAAGAGAGUCUGAAGUCAUUCAGAAGUGGUUUGAGGUUUCCUUUUGGUUUUUGGUGUGUGUGUUUGUUUUUUUCAUGUUAAGGGAGGAUUUAAUAUGCUCCUAAUUGAUUGUCACUUAAAUGAAAAUUUAAAAGUGAAUAAAAGUACAUAUUUCUCAGCUGCAAAUAUUAUGGGGAAUUGGGGCACCCACAGGAAUGAAGAGACAAAGCAGAUCCCUAACUUCAAAACUAUUUUGGUUUGACAACAAGAACAUUUUAGAGUAAUUAAUAAUGUAAAUUAGUAUUGCUGCAAAUGGUUAAAUUAUAUUCAUUUGAAUUGAUGGUCAAGAGAUUUUCCAUUCUUUACAGACUGUUCAGUGUUUGUCAAGCUUCCUGGCAUAAAUAUGUAACUCAAAAGGCAUUUCCGCUUACAAUAUAUAGAAACAAAAUGUGUUUUCCAUACAGCAGUGCCUAUAUAGUGACUGAUUUUUAACUUUCAAUAUCCAUCUUUCAAAACAGGUAACACCAAGGUCCAAUGUUAAAAGAAUAUUCACUUCACCUAGCAGGGAAAUACACAAAAACAGAAUACUUCAUAUAGCUCAUUUUAACUUGUAUAAACUGUGUGACUUGUGGUGUCUUAUAAAUAAUGCACCGUAAAAAUUACUGAAUAGUUGUUUCAUAUUAAUGUGCCUAAUUUCAUGUAUCUUGUAAUCAUGAUUGAGCCUGAGAAUCACUUGGAGAAACUAUAUUUUAAAGAACAAGACAUACUUCAAUGUAUUAUACAAAUAAAGUAUUAAAUGUGUUUGAUUUUAGAAGGGCUUUAUUAAAAUCAAUAUUGUUUUUGCUUUUU